AUGGCUGGAACCCUCAAAUCGGUCCUUAUAACCGGCUGCUCCGCGGGCGGAAUUGGUGCUGGGCUGGCCGAGGCCUUCCAAGAAAAGGGAUAUCAUGUCUUCGCCACAGCACGCACCCCAUCCAAGAUAUCACCGUCCCUCGCCGAUGCACCAAAUGUCACCGUGCAGGCGCUGGACGUGCUGUCUCCCGAAUCAAUCUCAGCGGCUGUUGAGCGUGUGUCCAAGGAGACCGGCGGCAAGCUCGAUGUGCUCAUCAACAACAGCGGCGCCGUGAUGAUGAUGCCGGCUCUGGACGUAUCGAUCGCGGAGGGCAAGAAACUAUUCGACGUCAACUACUGGGCGGUCCUCGCUAUGAUUCAGGCCUUCGCUCCACUGUUGAUCAAAGCCAAAGGCUAUGUCGUGAACAACACUUCUGUGGCGGGAGUGCUUCCGUUCGGCGCGUUUGGGUCUAUCUACAACAGCUCCAAGGCCGCUGCCAUUCUCGGCAGCGAAACCUGGCGUCUCGAGCUUGCACCUCUAGGAGUCCGUACCUUGACGCUCGUGACAGCCGCCGUCAAAUCCAAUGUCUGGGUUAAUAUGGCCCCGCCGACAAUCCCGGAGAACUCAUACUACCAUCCGCUCCAGGGCUAUAUUACGGACUUAAGCGACGGCAGACUCCAAAAGGAUGGGAUCACGGCAAAGGAGUAUGGCGACAAAGUUGUCCGCGAGGUUGAAAAGGGUACGACGGGGAAAUUGUGGGUUGGUGGAGGCGCGGCGGCGGCACGUAUUGCCGCAUGGCUGUUGCCGGAUUGGAUGAUGGUGAGUUUCAUUCAUUUGUUUCCCUGUGACGAGUUGCUGAUCGAGGUGGAAUAG